UUUUAUGCUCAUUUAGUCCUUAGAAUAUCUAUUUCUUUUCUACUUACAGACCUUCCACUCAUGAGAAUACAAUAACAAUUCAUCUUCAAGUCAGCUGAAUUUAAUUAAAGUACAUAAUGUAUUAAUUCUGAGAAUGUAAUAUUAUCCAAAGACAUAAGGAUGAUGAGGAAAAAAUAGAUCACAAGGUCUCUAAGUUUAGAUAAACUUUGAAAAGUUCUCUUAGAAUCAAGAUUACUGACAUGAAUAUUCAGGGGCCACUACGAAAAUGCAUCAUGUGUCAUGUGUGCAAUUGCAAGAAGGCUAGGACUAGAUUUGUUCCACUUCAAUACAUGAGUGCCAAAAAGUACCACCCUAGUAAAAACUCCUUUUAUAAGAAAAAUAGCACAACUGGUGGCAUACUGAGUGAUCCAGAAAAUAAAGGGGAAAGACAACAGGGGGUGAAUUUUGAUACCCUCGGUAGCUGGAACAAUCGCAUCAAUAUGCCAAUAGCAGUGGAAAAGAGCAUCAAGAUGGGAAAAUUAAUUCCCGAAAUCCCUCUGGAGGAAGUCGGGGUAGCCUCUCACAUGGGGAGAAAAACAGUGAAUGAGGAUAGGUAUAUUGUGGAGAAAAUUUCACCGGAGAUUCUUUGCUUUGGGAUUUUUGAUGGACACGGUGGAGAUUUGGCAUCUGAGUAUGUGUCUCAGAAUUUACCAUAUUUUAUCAAGCAUUGGUUAAGACAAACAGACGAUCUAAAUGAGGUGCUGACACAGUCUUUUCUGGACAUCAACAAUAUGCUGACUCGUCACUUAAAUUUUUACUAUAUAGGCUCCCCACUGUACAACUGUGGUACCACAGCAACAGUUUGCCUGUUGCAUCAUGGGAUAAAGCUCCAUGUUGCUCACGUUGGAGACACAAGGGCUGUGUUAUGUAGAGAGAGUCAUGCUGUCAGGUUAACAGAAGAUCACAACCCUGAUGACCCAAGGGAAAUUGAACGUAUCACUAAGAGUGGGGGGUUCAUUGUCAGCAAUAGUUUAGGUGUUCAUCAGGUUGAUGGGAGAUUGUCCAUGACAAGAAGUAUAGGAGAUAUUGAGUUAAAGAGUAGAGGAGUGAUCGCAAAGCCAUCACUUAAAACAGAGACCCUGAAACACGGAAAAGAUGGAUUUCUGAUCCUGAGUUCUGAUGGACUGAACUUUGUUUUAAAUGACAAUGAGGUAGUGGACAUAGUUGGUAUUUGUCAAAACCCCAAGGAUGCUGCCACUUUCAUCACAGAUCAAGCUCUGCAGUUUGGAACAGAAGACAACACAACUGUUGUAGUAGUUCCACUGGGAGCCUGGGGCAAAUACAGAAACACAACCAGAACCAUUCCGUAUAGUUUUGGGAGGAAUCUGGUGGGAGGAAGAUUUGGGUAGCUAGUUUUACAUGCCUUGCAAUGGGAGAUUAUUGUAUUUAUUUGGAUGGAAAGCUGUGAAUUAAAAUUAGGGUUUUCUUUAACUUGCAUGAAUUUAAAUACAACAUGUUAUUUCAAGCAGUGUGCCAUUGAUGAAAAGUGGUAUAGAAUUUUG